AUGACCGGCGGAGGACUGCCCAUUAACCACGCUACUCGUCGGCCUUCCGCCGUCCGCUUGAGGGGGCGCCACUCGAUGGCUAAGCGCCGCGUGAAAAGUGGCGGACGGUUCGACUGCGCGUAUAGGCAGUCAAAAUUGACAAAUUUUUCGGCUUGUCUGAUACUUCACUGUAUUUCGCUGCAAAUCAGGGCACUUGGGGAGGAGAUGCUUCUUGCAGAUUGCCAACAACAACCACAACAGCAACAACAACAACCACAACAGCAACAACAACAACCACAACAGCAACAACAACAACCACAACAGCAACAACAACAACCACAACAGCAACAACAACAGCAACAACAACAACCACAGCAACAACAACAACCACAGCAACAACAACAACCACAGCAACAACAACAACCACAACCACAACAACAACCACAACAACAACAACAACCACAACAACAACAACAACCACAACAACCACAACAACAACAACAACCACAACAACAACAACAACAACAACCACAACAACAACAACAACAACCACAACAACAACAACAACAACCACAACAACAACAACAACAACAACCACAACAACAACAACAACAACCACAACAACAACAACAACAACCACAACAACAACAACAACCACCACAACAACAACCACAACCACAACAACAACAACCACAACAACAACAGUCAAAUUCUUCUAGGAACUAU